UGUAGGGCCAGUUCACACUACAUGCAUUUCAGUUGCGUUUUUUUUGCAUCCAAAGUGCACAGAAAGUAGGUUAUAUGGUUGCUCAAUGUCAUAGUUCACAUCAGUGCUUGCAGUUCCAAUACGUUCCAGUUGCAGAAAGAACAGUAGAACAUGGUGCAUUUUUCCUGCACAGAACUGCACUGAAACGUGGUAAAACACAUCAAAAAUGCACUCGAACGCACCAAAAUGCACCAAAAAUGAACUGGAUUGCACAUGUCCCUAUUUACAUUAAAGAAAGAGGAAAAAAUGAACUGAAAUGCAUA